AUGACAGCCAAGAUUCAAGACUGGUUGAUUACUAAAUCUUCACCAAAUAAACAAGCUUUUUCUUUUGAAAAUACUUUCCAAAUGACGAAAAAUGAAAAUCUUUUGGAUGCAGUUAAAAGACUGUUUGAAUAUUUUCAUUUAUUUAUUCGAAGUCAAACGGAACAGACCAUCUUCAAUGAUCUUGAACACAUUAUGCAAUAUACAAUAAACGAUAUACAAAUUAUAAGAAACCCGGAUAAAUUCUCGCAAAGAAUUGGUGCUUAUUUCUAUGUUUAUCGUCGAACAGCAGAAUAUAUCUGGUCGAGAAACGAUAAAUCAUCAUUGCAAGGUUUCCAAAAAAUAUUGUUCAAUCAACUGACAGAAGUAUUCGUUGAAACAAAUGGUACGGAACCUAAUAUUUGUAUAACUGACAAAAAUAUUUUACGUUAUUUGAAUAUCUGGCAACAUUUGUCAUCCAUUACAAGAAUUACAAAUAAACAAGAGUUAAAUACUUUUCUUGUCCUGUGCAAAUUAUCAAUGCAAUCUUCAGUGAUAACAUUGGAUAAAUCAAGUACUUUAAAGUGGAUAAAUGCUGUAUCACAAAUCAUUGAAAUUAAAAUCGACUUGGAAUUCUUUAUUAAACAAUAUCUUACAUAUAAAGAUGCAUUUAAAGAUUUUCCCAUAUGUAUAAACGAAUAUGUUUAUCUCAUAAAUAAAAUGCGUCCAAAAAAAUCAAAAGCUUCGUUAUUGAAUUUGUUUAUUGAGCUGAGUCAAAAGUUAAAUUUUCAAGAUGCAGUAUUUCUGGAGCACUUUAAACGUACGUUCGAUACGGACAUCAGUAUGAAAUAUCAUGAACAUACGCAUAUUUUUGAAUUUUUGGCGUCUAUCAGUGUACUAGAUCAGUUAUUCUUCGAGUAUUUAUCUAUUUAUUCAUCAAAGAUAGAUGAAAAAAUUCUCUGGCUUUUAUAUUUGAAUCUAAGCAAAAAUAUUGAUCUUAAUGAAAACAUAAGACAACAUAUUGCUUCACUUUUGUCAAAACGCAUUUCUACAGUAUCUCUUAAUGCAUUUUACGGAUUCAUUGAUUUAGCCCGAAAUUACUUACAAAGUAUCAAAUCUAAAAAUCUUCCAUAUUUUAUAGAAAUAUUCGAACAUGUAUGCGAAGCUUUUGUUUACAAGCAAACUCAAGAUGAGUACUGUUUAUAUCAGUUGACAAAACACGAGUUGAAAACUCUGCUCAAUAUUAAUCUUUUGUCCACGUCAUCGAUUGAUAUUCAAAAACCUUUUCGUUUACGUAUUAUUCAAAAAUUAUUAUUUAGUACAUCCCCUGGUAAAUUGCACAAUAUGCCUGAAAAGAUCAAGUCCAUAUUCGAAAAUUUAAAUGAUUUUGAUAGAAAUAUAUGUGAUACUUUUGAUCCUGCAGUUAUAAUUGAAGAUGAAUGGCUUAAGGAUUUCCUCAUCAACUUUCCAGAUAUUUGGUCCAAAUUCAGUUGCGACAUUUACAGGUAUAUGGGUGACAAUCAUCAUAAUAAUCGUUGGACAAUUCAUAUUUGGUCAAGAAUCAUACAAUUAAGCCUUUCAAAAGCACCACAAGAUAAAGCAAAUGUAAUUCUAAAUAACAUGACUGAAUGGAUGAGUGUUGUUCAUCAUGAUAUUUAUAAUCCUAAUGAUAUUUUGACAAUUAUUCUUGUCGUUAAAUUAUUCGAAAUCAUCAUCGCAAGUCACAAUAAAUCUAUAUUUUCAUUUCCAAACAUUCAGACAAUAAUUCAGUACGUCUUUUCUAUUCGAGAAAGACAACCAGACAUCAUUAAUGUAAAUUUAGUUGAUAACUUUAUUCAAAAUGGUUGUCAAGACAUUGAAAACAUUUUACAAUUACAGGGUAAGUUAGUCUAG